AUGGCGUUUUCGACCACAGUCACCCGGAGACAGAAGAUAAAGCGAAAGGCUCCUCGCGGCUUUUUGAAACGCGCCCUGAAGCGACAGAAGCCUCACCUUCGUCUGGAGACUAAUGGUGACUUAUUGGUAAGAUUUCAGACCUCCUCGAGCUGGGAAUGGGGCACUUUAAAGGUUCACCUGAACUGUUUACUGUUUGUUCAUCGAUUAGCAGAAGAGUCCAGAGUAAAUGCUUGUGAGAAUAAGUGUGGAAUUAUUAAAAAGGAGCAUGUCCUGGCAGCAGCAAAGGUAAUUCUAAAGAAGAGCAGAGGUUAG